AUGGCCGAAAUCAAAGUCAAGUGGGGUAAGGAGAACCUCACGAUGGAAGUGGACCUGGGGAGUACAGUGGGUGCCUUCAAGGAGGCGCUCAAAGCCAAGACCGGGGUGCCAGUGGAGAAGCAGAAGCUCAUGGGCCUUAAGCCCGCCAUGAACAAGGAUGACGCUACGCUCAGCGCCGCCGGCCUCGUGAGCGGCAAGACGGUCAUGCUGAUUGGGUCAGCGGAGAGCACUGCAACGGUGCCCAUGGUGCAGGCGACUGUUGUAGAGGCGAACGAGACAGGUGGCUACACCGCGACUGCGACGACCUCGAAUGGCUUGAAGAAUAUCGCCAACACGUGCUACCUGAACUCGGCUCUGCAGAUGAUGCGGAGUAUUCCGGAGAUUCGGGAAGUGCUCGAGGCGUACCGCGGCGACAACGCACUUCUGCAGCAGCUCCGUGCCGUGCUACAGUUGCUGGAGAGCACGAAGGAUGCGGUGAUGCCGCUGCAGUUCUGGACGACGCUCGUGCAGACAAAUCCAACGUUUGGUGAGCGCAACGAGCACGGUGGUUUCAUGCAGCAGGACUCGCAGGAGGUGCUGAACAUGCUGCUCCAGGCCGUAAACUCCGUGCUGCCCGAGAAGUACGCGCACCUCUUCGAAGGCAAGCUGCACCAGACCCUCACCUGCGUCGACGACCCGGCUGACAAGGGCAAGGAGUCCGACGUUCCCUUCACGAUGCUCACCUGCAACAUCACCGGCGAGGUGCAGACGCUCGAGGCAGGGCUCGAGCACGCCUUCGACGAGCACUUCACCGCACCCUGCGAGGCCCUGCAGAAAGACGCCGCCCAGUUCACUCGCGUUAGCAAGCUCACCGAAGCACCGGAAUAUGUCUUUGUGCACAUGGUGCGCUUUUCCUGGCGCGGAGACAUUCAAAAGAAGGCGAAGAUCCUCAAGCCGAUCACGUUCCCCUUCACCCUCGACACCACCAUCAUCUCCACCGAAGCUCUCAAGGCGGCGCAGAAGCCGGUGCGCGAGGUUGUCCGCGAGCGGCGCGACAAGGAGCUGGAGCGGCGCCGCCGCCCCCGCACAGAGAAGUCGUCGCCAGUGGACAAAUCGGAGGAGGAGAAGGUGCCCCUGAUCCUCAAGAAUGAGAGCGGAUACUAUGACCUGUGCGGCGUCAUCUCGCACAAGGGCCGCAGCGCGGACGGCGGCCACUACGUCUACUGGGGUAAGAAAGCAGACACGUGGCUCGUCUACGAUGACGAGCACGUGGCGGCCGUUUCGGAGGAGGACGUGAAGCGGCUGCGUGGUGUUGGAGAAGCUCACAUCGCCUACGUCUUGCUAUAUCGCAGCCGCGACCCCGUCACACGAACACCGGUUAUUCCACUUUAG